AUGGCUUUCUAUAUAGCAAUGGCAGUCAUUAGCAUGGCUCUUACCUUGUUUUCCACCAUUUCAGCUCAGAGCAAGCCAGUCACCUUUGUGUUCGGCGACUCUCUCACCGACGUCGGCAACAACAACUUUCUCCCCUACUCCUUGGCAAAAUCGAACUACCCGUGGUACGGUAUCGAUUAUUUCCCACGGUUUCCAACAGGAAGAUUCACCAAUGGGCGAACAAUCGGUGACAUUAUAUCUGCUAAGUUUGGCAUUAAGUCUCCGCCGCCGUAUCUUUCGUUGUCGUUGGAUGGCGACGAAAUCCUUCAUGGUGUAAAUUAUGCAUCAGGAGGAGCUGGAAUUCUCAAUGAAACAGGAAUAUAUUUUGUUGAGAAGCUAUCCUUUGAUGAUCAAAUUACUUGUUUUCAGAAGACAGCAGAAGCUAUCAGAAAUAAAACUGGAGAUGUAGCCUCCAAGAAGCUGCUGAAUGAGGCUGUUUACUUCAUUGGAAUGGGAAGCAACGAUUACAUCAACAAUUUCUUACAGCCAUUCUUAGUAGAUGCUCAUGCUUAUACCUAUGAUCAAUUUCUUGACCUUCUGAUUUCUACAUUGGAUGGUCAACUGAGGAGGCUAUAUUCGCUGGAAGCAAGGAAGGUGGUUUUUCAUGGCUUAGGCCCUAUGGGUUGCAUUCCAUCACAGAGAGUGCAUUCAUCUGAUGGAGGAUGCCUGCAACUGCUUAAUAAAUGGGCACUUCAAUUCAACUCACGCGUGAGAAGCUUGAUGACCUCCCUCAACUAUCAGCUUCCUGGUGCUCUCUUCUCAUUUUCUGAUUCCUACAACAUUGUCCUCGAUCUCAUCGAAAAUCCACAGAAAUAUGGAUUUAAGAUCUCAACCACAUCAUGCUGCAAUGUGGACACAACAGUUGGAGGCCUUUGUUUGCCUAAUUCAAAAAUCUGUGAUAACCGCAAUGAAUAUGUGUUUUGGGAUGCAUACCAUCCUACUGAUGCAGCUAAUCAAGUUAUUGCCGACCGCCUUUUCGCAAAUCCUUCAAUGGAUAAGGCCCCGGCUUCACCUUUCCCACAGCACUAAUCGGUUCUAAGAGUCCUCGGCAGCGGCGUUUGUUCUUCGAGUUCAUCUUGAUCUUUCUAAGAUUUUGAUAUGUGUGAAACAGGAUUGAUUACAUAUAAAAGAGUGCUAUACAUGUAAUUUAGACAAGAUUUACAGCUUUAAAUGUUGUCUCAUCGUUCAGAUUAUAGGAAACUGUUCAGAGCUCUGAAUUGAACCUGUUAGUUGUCAGUUCUUGAUAUUCAUCUUUAUCUUUUUAAGGUUU